AUGCCUCCCCCUCCGCCGGCGGCCGCCCGCAGCAGGGGCCGGUGCAGCGCGCUCAGCUUCGCCGCGGCGCGGGACCGCUGCUUCAGCCACCGCUUCCGCAGGGCGGGGCUGCGCCCGCUCGCCGUGCCGCUCCCGGGGCCCGGCCCGGACCCGGACCCCGACCCCAACCCGGCCACCACCGUCCACAUGUGGGUGCCCGCGGGCCCGCCACCGCGGAACCCGCUGCUCCUCCUGCACGGCUUCGGCGCCUCCGCCACGUGGCAGUGGGCGCCCUACCUCCGCGCGCUGAUCGCCGCCGGGUUCGACCCCAUCGUGCCCGACCUCGUCUUCUUCGGCGCCUCCUGCACGCGCCUCCCCGACCGCUCCGACGCCUUCCAGGCCUCCGCCAUCAAGGCCGCCAUGGACGCCAUCGGGGUCCCCAGGUUCGGCCUCGUCGGCGUCAGCUACGGCGGCUUCGUCGGACACCGGAUGGCCGCCAUGUUCCCGGAGGCCGUGGACCGGGUCGCCUUGGUCUGCGCGGGGGUCUGCCUCGAGGAGAAGGACCUGGCCGAGGGACUCUUCCCCGUGGCUGGGGUCGGGGAGGCCGCCGCGCUGCUCGUGCCGCGCCGACCGGAGGAGGUGCGCCGCCUGGUCCGCCUCACCUUCGUGCGCCCGCCGCUCAUCAUGCCCUCCUGCUUCCUCUGGGACUACAUCAGGGUGAUGGGCUCUGAUCAUAUCCAGGAGAAGACUGAGCUGCUAUACGCUUUGAUUAAUGGGAGACAACUCUGUACUCUUCCAAAAUUGACCCAGCCAACGCUUAUAAUCUGGGGGGAGCAAGAUCGGGUGUUCCCAAUGGAGCUGGCUCACAGAUUGAACCGGCAUCUAGAGGGGAAUUCUCGAUUAGUUGUUAUAAAGAAUGCUGGGCAUGCAGUCAAUAUUGAGAAGCCCAAGGAAGUGUGCCGGAACAUCAUUGAGUUUUUCAAGGAGCCGGUUGCUGGAGCUGCAAACGCGGACGACAAGGUGUAG